AUGGGUGACUACUUGAAAGCACUUGAAUUUUACGAAAGAUCACAUAAAAUCCUCGAAAAAUCUCUGCCUUCGAAUCAUCCCUCAUUGGCUACUUCCUACAACAACAUCGGUUCGGUGUAUGCCAGCAUGGGUCACUACUCCAAAACACUUGAAUUUUACGACAAAGCACUUAAAAUCGACGAAAAAUCUCUGCCUCCGAAUCAUCCAGUUUUGGCUACUUCGUACAACAACAUCGGUGGAGUGUAUUACAACGUGGGUGACUACUCGAAAGCACUUGAAUUUUACGAAAAAGCACUUAAAAUAAGAGAUAACGCUCUGCCUUCGAAUCAUCCCUUAUUGGCUACUUCCUACAACAACAUCGCUGCAGUGUAUAACAACAUGGGUAACUACUCGAAAGCACUUGAAUUUUACGAAAAAGCACAUAAAAUCUUCGAAAAAGCUCUGCCUUCGAAUCAUCCCUUAUUGGCUACUUCCUACAACAACAUCGGUCAAGUGUAUAACGACAUGGGUAACUACUCGAAAGCACUUGAAUUUUACGAAAAAUCACAUAAAAUCUUCGAAAAAGCUCUGCCUUCGAAUCAUCCCUUAUUGGCUACUUCCUACAACAACAUCGCUGCAGUGUAUAACGACAUGGGUAACUACUCGAAAGCACUUGAAUUUCUCGAAAAAUCACAUAAAAUCUUCGAAAAAGCUCUGCCUCCGAAUCAUCCCUCAUUGGCUACUUCCUACAACAACAUCGGUGCAGUGUAUAACAACAUGGGUGUCUACUCGGAAACACUUGAAUUUUGCGAAAAAGCACAUCAAAUCUUCGAAAAAGCUCUGCCUCCGAAUCAUCCCAAUUUGGCUACUUCAUAUGGCAACAUCGGUCUCGUGUAUAAGAACAUGGGUGACUACUCGAAAGCACUUGAAGUUAACGAAAAAGCACUUAAAAUAAGAGAAAAAGCUCUGCCUCCGAAUCAUCCCGAUUUGGCUACUUCAUACAACAGCAUCGGUGCAGUGUAUGAUGACAUGGGCGACUAUUCGAAAGCACUUGAACUAUACGAAAAAUCACAUAAAAUCUUCGAAAAGGCUCUGCCUCCGAAUCAUCCCUAUUUGGCUGUUUCCUACAACAACAUCGGUCUAGCGUAUAACAACAUGGGUGACUACUCAAAAGCACUUGAAUUUUACGAAAAAGCACUUAAAAUUGAAGAAAAAGCUCUGCCUCCGAAUCAUCCCAAUUUGGCUACUUCAUAUGGCAACAUCGGUCAACUGUAUAACAAUAUGGGCAAUCACUCCAAGGCACUUUCAUUUCUCGAAAAGGCGCUAGCUAUUCAACAGAAAACACUUCCGCCAUCACAUCCUCAUGUUAAAGAAACGAUUCGUAGAAGUAACAACGUUAAAAAAGUGUAA